AUGUCAAACAGUAUUAACCCUUUGAUUAACUUUGAUAGACCACAAGAGCAUGCUAUUGAUUCUGCCCUGGUUCAAGCACUAGAUAGUUAUGAAGCUGCUCAAGUUCCUCAUCAUUUACAGCAGUCUCAUAACUUAGGUAGACAACAAGUCCAUCCACAUCAACAUCACCAACAAUUGCAUCAACAAAAUAAUGGUCAACUUCAACAUAAACAACAUGAUCAAUCAAAUGACCAAAGACUCCUCCAACAAGUUCCAAUUGAUCCUUCGAUUAAUGAUAGUACUUCAGAAAAAAACGCUGCUGUAGCUGCUGCUGCCGCCGCUGCUGCUGCUGCAAAUGAUAUGCUCAAUGCUAGAAACACUGCACAAGCCGCUGUUAACUCUUCUAGCAAGAUGAACAACUCUAGGAAUAAUAGUGCAAGUACUGGACCAAAAAUAACAAAACCAAGAAUUAAUAAACCAGGACAAAAAUUCGGUGCUAAAAAGAAAUCGUGGGUUUGGAAUUGGUUUAUUCAAGAUACUGUUGAUUCAAAUGUUGCUACUUGUGAUUUCUGUGGUAAAGUUAUCAAAAGAUUAGCUUCUGACAAAGGCUCUCCAAAGAAAUUAGGUGAACAUUUGAAAACUCAUAAAAUUGAUAAAAAUUCAAUAAACCCAAAGAGAGAUUCAAUGAUUGUUGGUGAUGCUAAUCGUCAUUAUUUUAAUACUUUAAAUGCUGCACAAACCUUCAAACCACAUCCACUGUCGAACCAGCCAUCAUCAUCAAAUUCACAGUCUCAACAAUCGCACUCCCAACAAUCACAACAACAAAAUAAUCAUCAAACAUUAUCACAAAAUAGUCCAUACAGUCGUCAACAGACAACUGGUGCUUCAAACACAAAUGCUGAAUUCACAAACACAAAUUAUGAUAGAUCAGGAUUCGACCAAAACCCAUACUCACAACCAAAGUUUCAAAAAGAUAUAAUGAAAUUUCUGGUUGAAAAUAAAUUACCAUUAGCAAUUGUCAAAUCACCAUCUUUCAGACAAGUUAUAUUCACAUUGAAGCCAGAAGCUAUUCCUGAUUUAAAUGAACUGAAUCAUCUAUACUCUUCUCUACUUGAAGUAAUUCAUAAUGAGAAAGGUCCUUUAAGUAAUGUUGAUGAUGUUAAUAAUGAUCAACAAAAUGAUUCUGCUGAUCACCAAACUUCUCGUCAUGAUGAUUCCAAUGUUGAUGACUCCCUCACUGCAUCUACUUCAGGUUGGGUUUAG